UUUGAGGCAUCUGUUGGAGUUCCCGGUUGAAGAGAAGCUUCCUUGCCUCCUGAAUCCUUGCUGGGCCAAAGCCCUGGAAUAUCAUUUCUGUUGUAGGACAGAGGCAAGAUUGACACAUACAUACUGAAAAGGAUGAGGUCAUCUUUCAUGAUUUUUCUUACACCAAAGUGAGGACCAUGUCGCUUUUGACAUCCUUCCUUCUGCUGUAUGCGGCAACGGCAGUUUAUGCAGAGACCUUAACUGGAGGUGCUCAAAGUACCUGCCCUGUGAUUACCUGCAAUCCUCCAGGCCUGAAUGGCUUGCCAGGCAGAGAUGGACGUGACGGUGCCAAGGGAGAAAAGGGAGAAAAGGGAGAAAAGGGAGAACCAGGUCAAGGGCUCAGAGGCUUGCAGGGCCCUCCUGGAAAAGCAGGACCUGCAGGAACCCCAGGGAAUCCUGGGUCAAAAGGAGAAGUGGGACCAAAGGGAGAUCGUGGAGACAGUGUAGAAUUCGAUUCGAGGAAAAUCGAUUCAGAAAUUUCAGCCCUUCGAUCAGAGCUGAGAGACUUGUGGGAAUGGGUGUUCUUCUCUCAGAUUGAAAAUGUUGGAGAGAAGUACUAUAUCAGAACUCUUGAAAAUUCAAGCUUUGAUCGUGUGAUUGCUCUAUGCUCCAAACUCCAGGGCUCUGUAGCCACUCCCAGGGAUUUUGAGGAAAUCAAGGCCAUCGAAAAUUUGGCCAAAGGUGGUGCCUAUUUGGGCAUAACAUACGAGAGUACUGAAAACGUUUAUGUGGAUCUGUCAGGAAACAAAGUGGACAUUUUGGGGAUUUACGGGAGGCUCAAAUAUAAGGACAAUGGGGGAAAAUGUGUGGUGGUAUAUUCAUAUGACAAGUGGCAAAAUGUCCUUUGCACUGAUUCUUUUUCAGCAGUCUGUGAAUUUUCUUAAUGAGGGUGCUUGUGUCUCAGCCCUCCUCGAUGCUUUAAUGUAUUCUAUAAGUCCACAGUUUGUUCUGAAAAAAAUAAAAUAUGCAAUAAUAUAAACAAUUCAACAUUGGUUACCUAAUUAAGCUGUAACACUUUUCUGAAUAAUGUUCUCCUGUGAAGGUGUAGAAAUAAAGUAUGUUUAUUUUCCAUUUA